CUUUUCAUCAAACCCAUCAACCGCAAAUAUGGGAAAGGUCCACGGUUCCCUCGCUCGUGCCGGAAAGGUCAAGUCUCAGACCCCCAAGGUUGAGCCCCAGGAGAAGAAGAAGACCCCCAAGGGCCGCGCCAAGAAGAGGCUCACUUACACCCGCCGCUUCGUGAACGUCACCAUGACCGGUGGCAAGAGGAAGAUGAACCCCAACCCAACCGCAUAAGCAACUCCGUAACAGGAACGUGUUGGGAACGAGCACGACGAGCUAAGGAUUUUUGUCAUGGAUUAGGUUUCCGGGGGAUGGCUAUGACUCUGGAUCAGAGAGAGCGGGAACCGCGGAUGAGAUGGACGUUGCUACGGCACGUACACUCGCAGCAACGAGAUCCCGCACUUUGGGAUGAUGGGGGCAUAUUCAUGGCGUACAUGUACAUUCGGCUUUUUGCACGGCUGCAUCACGAAUCUAUCGGC